UUUGAAAAAAAAAAAAAGAAGUUCGGCGGGCCUUUGCACCGACUUGGAGUCACCAUUGGAAAUUUUAACUUCACUAUUUUUCAUUAAAAAGAAUACACAAAAUUGCGAUUUUUGGCGGCAGGGUAAUUCUCCUCUGACUCCAGAUCCUGGUUUUCUACCGCAAGAAGGACAUGAACAAUGUUAAUGUGUCUGAAAGUGAACUUGGGGAUACAACUGAUUCUGAAGAUGAAUCGGAAGUUCUUUCUGACGAUGAAUCAGAAAUCCUUUCUGACAUAGAUGAUGCAGAGAUUGGCGAUUAUAUAAGUAAUGAAAAAGAGAAGAAUUAUAAGAAAAUUAUUUGGAAUCUGAUGAAUCGACAAUACCUUCAGGAACAAGAAGCCAAAACUUCUGCUGUAAAAGUGACGGAAUCCAAAAAGGAGUCCAGAAAGAAAAGAGAAACUGGUGCAAUGAGAGCACAAACUGCCACUAAAACAGCUCGGCCAACAUCACCUAAGAAGAAGCCUCACUCCAGAAUCAACUAUGAUGCACUGUCUGAAUUCCUUGAAGACCCUUUGGCUUCAAAUAGUUCAAAGAGUAGGGGUGAGCCAGAUUCAGAGCAGCAUGUGGGAGAAAGUUCAGUUGGAACUCUAAAAGAUAACAACACAGGCGAUGCAACAGAUGUUAACAAGGAUGGAGAAAACGACUGGGAAACUUAUUCCAACUAUUCACAUUAUGACAAUCAAGGAGAAGAGUACAAUUACUACGUGGAUGACGAUGAGUUCUUUUGAGAUGACUUGGUCUUUUUUCGUUGUUUAAAGAAUAGAUAUAUACCGAAACGAUACAGAUAUGCAGCUUACUAUUUGAUAGGAAUACAAAAUGCAACCUUCUGGUAUGUCCAUUCUUUAAACAAGAGCGAGCGCGAUUAGUUUAUAGCAGUAGUUUUGCAUCGCACUCAUUGACGAUGUUUGUUGCCAUUGUACGAUGGUAGUUAUUGACGCUGAGCCUCUAUUGUUUCGAUUCUCAUAAUCGAAACAGAUCUGUAAGAGGGCGUUUUUGCAUUA